ACAGCAACAUCAAACAGCAAACGGCACACAGCAAGCAACAUAACGCUAAUAUAAAUACUUACCUACCUUCCGGCAUUUCUUCCACUCAUCUCUCUCUUUAUUUCUUUCAAAACGCACAGACAGACAGACAGACAGAAAAACAGAGAGAGAGAGAGACUCUCUUUGUGAUAGCUCAAAAUUCUCAAAAUUUUCUGUACAAACAUGCUUUGAUAUUAAAUUACCGUAUCCUUGACACAAAAUUUUAUUUAUUGUAACGUACGCAUCCCAAGCGUAGCUUAGCAAAAUGGAGGCACCUUUGUCCUUUGUUUCAAAAGCGAGGACCGCCUUUCAUUCUGCUGCUGCGAAAGCGGAGCGUGUUUUCUCUGAUUUUAAACCCGAUCGAGAUUCUGAUAAACAAUUACCGAAGAAUUCGACAAGCCAAUCGGACGAUGAAUCUUCAAGCAACGAGCGCGAAACCAAGGUUUCCAAUGAAUCGAAGAACUUGAGGUGGAGAUCUGCAUCGAUAGGGACGAAGCAGGAUUGGCAGGAUAGACUCAGGAGCAUUAAAUUUGGGAGGAAAGGCAUUGAAGAUACUGAAAAAGUUGAAAACCCAGCCAUGUCUGUUCCGUUUUAUGAUGAAAAUCUGUACCUGCUGAACAUGAAAAAUGAUCUUGAAGCUAAGAGUGCAGAAGUGAUACCCACGGUAGAAGGUUUUGUUGCUGUCAGCACAGAGAGUAUUCCUCCGUCGUCUGUCAUUAAGCAACUGGCUGUAGCUGUUGAGGCUGGAAAGAAGUUGAAGUCAUUGAAAGACUGUCUGGCAUCAUCUGCAAGUUCUUCACCUGUCAGGGAGAGGGCUGGCCUCAGUCUCUCUGCAGUCAAGUCGUUAGUGCUUCGUGAAAAGGAGGAGAAGCUUACAUUUGAUUAUGGUGAUAAUGAGAAAGUUCUGUCUUUGAUUAAUUCACUGUUUGAUGCAGAGGGAAAUUUUCUCAGAAGGAAGAUCAGCUAUGAUUCAGAGGCAACCACAGUAACAUCUUUGCCAAGAGAUAUUCAUGGUGCUCCUGCUGAAAGCCUUGUUGUUAAGCUAGCUGAAGUUAUUGGAAGCUUCAAAACCCUGCGGAAAAUGGUGCUGUUUUGGAGCAGGGUUGUUGCGGAACUGAGAAGAGUUUGGUCUGAAGGGCAAUAUGUGGCUGGAAUUCCUAUGGAUGAGAUUCCGGAUCUAAAUUCCUGUCUAUUGUAUCAGCAGUUGCAAGUUAUUAAUUGCUGUGUUUCCCGGAAAAGGCGUCAGGCUAUUGCCACUGAAUCAUUAGACUCCGUCAUGAGGGAGGUCACUACAGAUGCUGCAGAAUCAGCUUCUUCUAAAGACAUGCUUCCUUCAAGCCCUAUUUUGUAUGCUAGAAUAAGCACCGGAGAGCUUGUUCUUCGACUAGGUGCUGAUUGUCCAUGCAGUAAUCUUACAAUGUUGGAAACUGGUGAACCUGUGUACUCCCCAGUGACCCAGGAAGCACCUUUGCUUACAGAAGAUCUUAUCAAAGAAACUGAGGAAUUUGUGCUUCGAACAGGCAGUGUUGGUGCUGGGUGUUCUCAACUCCUCUCUGACAUGCAGGCUUUCAAGGCUGCAAAUCCUGGUUGUAUUUUGGAAGAUUUCGUAAGAUGGCACUCCCCUCCUGAUUGGUUAGAAACUGAGCCAAUUACGGAGGGUCAAGAGACUUCAGCUGGUGUUGACAUAUCGUCCACAAAAGGUCAACUAAGUAGUCGAAUGCAAAAAGAAGGUAAUUUAUGGCGUGAGCUGUGGGAAACAGCUAAAGCAAUACCAGCUGUCAAACAAACACCCAUCUUUGAGGAGGAUUUGGCUGUGGAAGGUAUACUGAAUGUUUUAGAGGACAUGCCACCCUCUGAGCUUUUUGAGCAACUGUUUGUUUCUUUACUUGGUUUGGGAUUUGUAAUGGCCGAAUCUAUGCUGUCAACUAAUAAUAAUUUGUCAAAGCUGUUCUAUGAGUGUAAAGACUAUGUUGUUGCCACUUGUCAAGGCAGAUUCUGGAGUGGGAAAGUUGAUGACCUUUGCCAGGUAUAUGAUACAGUGGAGACAAUGUUACUCAAUCCAGACGAAGUUCUAACAAUGAUGAAGCAGCCAGAUGAAACAACUGCCACCACAGGUGAAUUAAAACGUCGAUUUAAGAGACUUGGCUUCAACUUUGGUGGCAAGGAUAAACACUCAAGAAAACCAGCUUCAAACAAUCAGAAGGAUGUAGAAGAGGACCCAGGUCGCCAACCAUUCUCAAAUUUCUUUGACAGCAAGUCAUCUUUAUUUUCUAAGAAGCCUCCUAAGCCAGAAACUGCUCCCCCUGCUGAACCUCUUCAUCCAGUUGAAAAUGAUUGGAUGGUUGUUUAGUAAUACCUUUUUUUUUGGGGGGAGGAGGGAGGGGGGGUG